AUGCCGCCCAGGACGAGAGCAGUGGUGCAAAGCCAGCAACAAAAGGAAAAGCGCCGACAUGUGGCUAACUGGGAAACCGGCCAUUCUGGUCGCGUGUCGUUACAGCUUGCCAACUCCUACAAUGAACUCCUCGAAGAGUUUUCGUCCAAGGAUCUCCGGAGCGUCGGAAAUUAUAGCGUAGGGAGGUUGAUUGGGAAAGGCUCCUUCGGAAAAGUCUACCUUGCGUCGCACAAGCUCACCAAUGGCUCCAAGGUGGUGCUCAAAUCCUCCAGCAAGGAGGACACCAACCUGGCGCGCGAAAUCCAUCACCAUCGCCAAUUCCUCCACCCUCACAUCGCGCGUCUUUACGAAGUCGUGGUAACGGAGAGCCUGGUUUGGCUGGUGCUGGAAUAUUGUCCUGGUAUGAUCGAUUGGAAGGCGCAGUUUGGGCAAGGCUGGAAGGACAAGUGUGAACUGACUGGGUUGUCUAUAGGUGACGAGCUCUACAACUAUCUCCUCCGCCAUGGUCCCCUUCCUGUCGAUAAAGUAAAACGGAUUUUCACCCAGCUGGUCGGUGCGGUGGCCUAUGUUCACAGCAAGUCGUGUGUGCAUCGGGAUCUCAAGCUGGAGAAUAUACUGCUGGACAAGCACGAAAAUGUUAAGCUCUGCGAUUUCGGGUUUACGCGCGAAUACGAAGGGAAGGCGAGCUACCUGCAGACCUUCUGCGGCACCAUCUGCUACAGCGCCCCGGAGAUGUUGAAGGGAGAGAAAUAUGCUGGCGAGAAGGUCGAUGUAUGGAGCUUGGGAAUUAUUCUCUACGCCCUUCUGGCGGGCGAAUUGCCUUAUGACGAUGACGAUGACCAAAUUACCAAGAACCGGAUUCUCUCCGAGGCGCCGACCUACAACGACAAGUUUCCCGACGACGCCAAGGCGCUGAUCAACCUCCUUCUCUCCAAGCGGCCAUUGAUUCGACCAAGCCUUGAUGAAAUUCUUGCGCAUCCGUUCCUUGCGGAGCAUGCCCCUGAACAAUUAGCUAUCCUCAAGAUUCCUCGGCCCUCCCCGUUCACGACACCGCUGGAGAAGACCACUUUGCAACGGAUGAAGAGUGCCGGGGUCAAUAUCGAUGAGGUCAUUGAGAAUGUUUUGGCUCAAAGAUGCGACCCGUUGGCCGGAUGGUGGGCCCUGUUGAUUGAAAAGGAGCAGCGCAAAGAACAAAAACGAGAGCGCAAGCGCAGGGAACGAGAAGUAGAGGCAAAGAAUCUCCGUCGACUGAGCGCCGCUAGCAGCCGUUUAGAGAAGCUGUCCUCGGCUUUGGUGGAAGUGGACGAAGAAGGCCAGGCGAGCGUGGGUGGCCAGCUGAAGGACCGCGGGCGGCGUGAUAGGCGAAGCCUUCCAUCCCAGCUGGCGGUGCCAGAGCUGCCUGCGCUUCCCGAGCCACUAUCCGUCUUCUCUCCCGACAUAAGCAACCUCCCAGCACCUGUCGACAAAGACUCUCUUGCGGACAGGCGCUCCAUCACAUCAGCCUCCACUUCGGUCCGGCGCCGUCCAGUUCCGCCUCCGAAGGAUAAAAGAAGAUCGCGUCCCAGUAUGCUGCAUGUCAGCGCGUCGCAACCCGAGCUAACGCAGCAUCAUGGGAUCUUCCGUCGCCGUACCAAUCGACGACAUCACCCUAUCCUGAGCCAGCUUGCAUCCCUCAAACAUUGGUUCGUGGAAUCAGCCAAGCGGGCCAAAUCUCCCAAUUCCAAGUCCACCGGGUCGCGCAAGUUCCUAUCAGAAAAGUUCAGCCCUGCAAAAAGUCAAGAUUCUGGAAAGAAAGCUGCGUCCUUACCUACUGCCGGCGAUGCCCCAGCAGAGGUUGUGACGCCUACUCAAAUCAAGCGCAUUUCCAAUGCUAGCAGUCUGGCCCCGAGCAGUGCCUCUUAUCGUCAGAACAGGCACUCCUAUCCUCGCCAGCCGCGAGCAUUGAAUACUAGUCAUUCUAGUCAUCGCAACUCCCUCUCGCCAUCCCCCAUCACCCCCCGUGGCUCAUAUCGGCGAUCGUCAGCUGGGUUGCGUGGUCGCAAAUCCACAUCGUCUUCUGUCUCAUCCAUACGCAGCAUUCACCACACGCGUGCGCAUUCCAAAGCGUCGUCAAUUUCGUCUAAUAGCAUGGACACCAUCGCCACACCAACAGCCCGGGUUUCCAAGUCACCUCAUUCAUCCAUCAAAGUGCUUCCUACUACGCCUGGCUCGUCCGCCCGCUUCCCGAGCAAUAUUCGGUUGGUACGUGGUCCCAGUGGGCCUCAGAGGGAGCUGAGUGACACUACGGGGCAGAUUCAGUCAGCCUUUAAUGAAGCCGCCCCCGGUCCAAUUCUUUAUUCGCCCUCUUCUAGCCUGGUCUUUGCCCGACGGAAACGAUCUGCCUUUAAGGGCCCCAUGAUUCAUACAUCGAACCUGAUGGGCUCGAGCGGGAUGGUCCAUUCACCUCUCCCCGGUCAGGCUGCAGGUAACGACGACGCUGUUCCCGUCUCUGGGCGCCCUGUGGCCCGCAAAAGCCAGAUUAUCGAAGAGGAGGAAGAUGCCGAGGGCUUCGAAGAUGAGAUAGAAGAAGUCGAUGAAUUUGACGGACCAGGGGAAGACUCUGGCACAGCUGACGCUGAUGGCGAUGUUACUCCUCAAGAGUCCGUCACGCAGGCCGCGGAGGCUCGAUCUCCUGUGUCAGCCCACAAGCCGGCACUCGAACCGGCCCCGGAGCUGGAAUCCAGUCCACUCCGACCUCCGCGGUCAUCCUCGCUGCAUUCGCCGCCGCCCGAACCAGCGGAAGCCCUCGCAGCGGAAGCCCUCGCAGCAGUCGCCGGGGAGUCGGCAGCACAAGACCGUGACGUUGCCGACGCCAAUUCUGCCGAGACUGCUGGCGAGCUGACUCCUAAGCCAGUUAUUUCCUCUGGAUAA